AUGGAGAAGACUGCACACCGACCGUCCAGGAAGGACACCCUCCUGUCUCGACGAUACAUUGAGGGCCUUAUCGCCGAAGGGAAGCAUGUCAUGAUCUACGAAAACCGCGUUCUGAAGGUCGACGCCUGGCUCAAAUACCAUCCUGGAGGAGAAAAGCCUAUCAAGCACAUGGUAGGCAGAGAUGCGACAGAUGAGAUCAACGCACUACACUCCCAAGAAGCCCGCGAACGCAUGCCCGCCUAUCAAAUUGGAUGUGUUGAAGGGACAUGGAUCAACUUCCUCCCUCCGAUCCAAGGCGGCAAGUACCGGAUAUAUACGGAGGACUCGUGUCUGAGUGAGGAGGAAUCAACUGCCCAAGAAAGCUCGAGUGGCUCCAGCCAAGAUGAAUCAACUCCUCCUUCGCCCAUAUUCGAUCCCGUCGAUUCACCAUCUGCUGUCAGGCAGAGGAAAUCACCCAAUUCCAAGUCUGGUCCGUCUGCCUCGGUCGAACGAUCUCAGCCACAGCCUGCCUUCUUGGACGCCAGAACCCAGGAACAAAUUGACUUCGACAUUGCUAAAUAUCCAUCACUGGAUACUGCGAGGCAGGAGGAAAUCAAGCGCAAAUACCGCGAAUUGAACGAGCGUAUCAAGGCCGAGGGCCUCUACAACUGCAACUACUCCAGCUACGCGAUAGAAUGUUGUCGAUACACCCUCUUUGCAGGUCUUUCAUAUAUAUUCCUGCGUAUGGGGUGGUGGGCAGCCUCUGCGUUCUUCCUCGGCUGUUUCUGGCAUCAGCUUGUUUUCACCGCCCAUGAUGCCGGUCAUAUGGGUAUCACUCACAACUUCCAUGUGGAUACUGUGAUUGGAAUGAUCAUCGCAGACUUCCUUGGUGGACUCAGUCUUGGCUGGUGGAAACGAAGCCACAACGUUCAUCACAUCGUGACGAACGAGCCUGAACACGAUCCUGACAUUGAACAUAUUCCAUUCUUCGCCAUCUCGCAUCGCUUCCUCACAAGCCUUAAGAGCACCUACUACGACCGAAUCAUGACUUACGACGCCCCGGCGCGAUUCUUCCUCAAAAUCCAAAACUACUCCUACUACCCAAUCAUGAUGCUUGCGCGUUUUAACUUGUACGCCUUGAGCUGGGAGUAUCUACUGAAACGCCAGGCGCCACGAAAAGGACCUGCUUGGUGGCACCUCUACUUUGAGCUUGCUGGGCAAGUCUUUUUCUGGACUUGGUUCGGCUAUGGUGUUAUGUAUAAAACGCUUCCUGAUGCCACCAGUCGCAUUGUUUUCCUCCUCAUCUCGCAUGUUGUACCUUCGCCACUGCAUGUUCAAAUCACAUUAUCCCACUUCGCGAUGUCAACCGCUGACCUCGGAGUCGGCGAAUCUUUCCCUCAGAAAAUGCUUCGCACCACCAUGGACGUCGACUGCCCAACAUGGCUCGACUUUUUCCACGGAGGCUUGCAAUUCCAAGCUAUCCAUCAUCUCUACCCUCGUAUCCCCCGCCACAAUCUCCGUCGUACGCAAAAGUUCGUUCUCGAGUUUUGCCGUGACACUGGUAUUCCGUAUGCCAUAUUCACGUUCUACGAUGGAAACAAGGAGGUUAUCAGCCGACUGGGCGAGGUUGCGAAGCAGGUACGCCUUAUGGAGGAAUGUCGCAAAUCCAUUUCCGAGGCUGGUGUAUUUUCUGAUCACCACUGA